CUGCGACUUUGCCCUAUCGGACGAGGAUAGGCGCGACAGGGACAGUAUCUGAUAAGGAACCGAACAUGUUACACCCAUAAAUGUUCAAGCCACGAGUCCAAUGAUAGCGUAGGUCCAUAUGCUUGGUAACGCAUGGGGAAAGCUAGUCCUCGUUGCUGAAUGGAGCGCAUAACCGGAAUAGUGCUGCAACUCCCGACGCAGCACACACGUUCGCUCUUAGUACAUCUAGAGGAGCACAAGGAAAGACUGUUUCUUCCGUUGAUGGAGCAUGCUUUGAUCAUCAUGCAUCAUGUAUCAGUACAUAUUCAAAACUAGGGCCGUACCUUCUAAAGACUUUCCUUCUCCUUCCCUUCUCCGAGUUAGUCAAGACUCAAGAUGCCGCCUCUGAAAAGUGUCUCCCUAAUUUUCGCGUGCGGAACCGCGCUGUUCUCCGACGGCUAUGCCAAUAAUAUUAUCGGAAGUGUGAACACUCUUCUCAAGCGUAUUUAUGGGACCGAAGUGAUCAACGCCAAGAACUACAGUACGCUCGUGAGCAGCUUGGCUUUUGCUGGUACAGUCGUUGGAAUGCUCGUCUUCGGCUAUCUAUCCGACAAAAUUGGACGCAAGUUCGGCAUGAUGGCCGCUACCGGUAUUGUCGCCCUUUUCUCAGGUUUGUCCGCCGCGUCUUCGGGCGCCCAUCAUAGCGUCGAUGGAAUGCUAAGUAUGCUCUGUGCAUGCCGAUUCCUUCUCGGUAUUGGUGUCGGCGCCGAGUAUCCUUGCGGAUCCGUGGCUGCUUCAGAGAACUCUGAAGAAGACACCAUAAGCAAAAAUGCCCAACAUCGGUGGUUUACAUUGGCGACCAAUUCCAUGAUCGACUUCGGCUUCGUGAUUUCCGCCUUCGUCGUCUUGGUGCUAUACUGGAUUUUCGGCGAAAACCACCUCCGUGCCGUUUGGCGUCUUUCCUUGGGGCUCGGAGUCGUCCCUGCGUUGGCAGUUUUCAUCUGGCGGCUUCGGAUGGACGAACCCCAGAGAUACAAGAAAGAUUCAAUGAAGCGCGUUCGUAUUCCUUACAUGCUCGUCUUGCGUCGCUAUGGAGUUUCCUUGGCCGCUAUUUCCUUCACCUGGUUUUUAUAUGAUUUUAUUGUGUAUCCUUUCGGUUUAUAUUCUUCCACCGUGGUAAACAACAUUACUGGCGGGUCCGAGAAGCUCAGCAUCGUAUUUGGAUGGAACGUUGUAAUCAACCUGUUCUACAUCCCAGGAACUAUCCUUGGAGCCUUCGUUGUCGACUUCCUUGGGCCAAAAUGGACUAUGAUUGUGGGACUCCUAUCACAGGCCAUAAUCGGGUUCAUCAUGAGCGGAUGCUAUGAGAAGCUUGCCUCACAUGUGGCUGCAUUUGCCGUCGUCUAUGGCAUCUUCUUGAGCUUUGGAGAGCUUGGUCCCGGCAACAACAUUGGUCUCCUGGCAAGCAAAACGAGUCCCACGGCUAUCCGGGGACAAUUUUAUGGAAUAGCCGCUGCCACCGGGAAAGUCGGCGCAUUCGUUGGCAUAUGGGCAUUCCCUCCUAUGAUUGACGCGUUCGGCGGUAAAGACACGACCAGGGGAAAUACAGGGCCUUUCUGGGUUGGUAGCGGUCUUGCUAUCCUGAGCGCCAUCGUGACUUUCUGUUUCAUCAAACCUUUGAGCCAUGAUGGUAUGGUCGAGGAAGACAUUGCUUUCCGACAAUACUUGGAAUCGAGGGGCUAUGAUACUUCGCAGAUGGGAUUGGGAGUUGGAAGCGAUAUUUCGUCGGAGACAGCUGAAGAAGACGAGAAGAAAAUUCCAGUGUAAUCGUGAUGUUAUGAGCGGGAGGUGGAACGAGUAACAUAGCAAUAAUACACCAGAUGCAAGAGAUGCAAGCGGGAGAGUUGAGGUUAUUGUUCGUAGGCGUUACGCAGUUGAUUUUUUCUUUUCCCAUUCUCUAAGUCUCCUCUCUUCCGUGAGCCAAAAUCCUAGAAUUUUUGAAUGAAUUUCCAUUCAAAACAG